GGCGCGCCGCCGGAAAGGAGAGGGCGGCUUCCGGGCUCUGACUGGCGGGCGCUUUGUCUCGUCUUCGCCACAGUAGGCUCUUCCUGUUAGUCUCCGCUGCUACUUCUUGACUCUGGGAGGCCCAGGUGGCUCUGCAGCAGACUCUGCCACCCCUGCGGGUAUUGGGACAUCCCUAGCUGACGCCAGGACACCCGGGAAGCAGAGGAAGGGACUCCGUGGCUUUUGAGGAUGUGGCUGUGAACUUUUCCCAGGAGGAAUGGGCUUUGCUGGAUUCUUAUCAUAAGAAUCUCUACAGAGAAGUGAUGCAGGAAACCUGCAGGAACCUGGCUUCUGUAGGGGCAGGCAGUGGUCAACAGUGGCCCGAACCCUUGGACUCCUUGCUCAAAGCUGCCUCAGCUCAUCUGCCUGAAAUUCCAGUUACUGUCAUGUUGUGCGGACCCAUACAGGAACAAAAUGUGCAUCUCUCAGGUAGCUACCCUGCGCCCACAGACUGACAACAGGUGGUGACCCAGGGGAAAUUGCUUCACCAACUUUAAUAAAAUUAAUUACAGAAGAAUGAUAGUUUCCAUCAGCUUGCUGGCAGCAUGUUUCUGGAGGGGAAGCUGCAUCUCUUCCGGCCCAGGAUCCAUUGUCACCUUCAGAGAGAGAAGCGCCAAGGGAUCCUCAGAGACACCAUGACGGCAGCGCCAACCAAAAUCCACCCAGACAGCCGACUUUCCCGGAGCGCUGUUAUGUCUUUUUGGACUGAGAUGACUCAAGAAGAAAUGUCCCUAAUCUUCGUCCAUCUCCAGACUUGGGAGAAGGUUGUGAAGAAAUGUGGCUUCCAAAGUGAUGAGGCUGAUAUGCUGUCCUGUGUUCUGUUUGAAGAACUGAUGCGAUGUGACAAAGAUUCCGUGCCAGAUGGGUAUCUGUCAGAGGAGGAAAAACUGUUUCUCUCAUAUUUUCCUUUGCACAAAUUUGAGCUAGAACAGAACAUCAAAGAACUUAACAUCCUUGCGGACCAAGUUGACACCACUCACAAGUUGCUGACCAAGACCAGCCUGGUGGCCAGCUCUUCCGGGGCUGUUUCUGGGGUCAUGAGCAUCCUGGGUUUGGCCCUAGCACCUGUGACAGCAGGAGGCAGUCUCAUGCUCUCAGCAGCUGUGACAGGGUUGGGGGCAGCAGCUGCCAUCACCAACAUAGUAACAAAUGUUUUAGAAAAUAGGAACGAUUCAGCAGCAAGAGACAAAGCCAGCCGACUGGGGCCUCUGACGACAUCACAUGAGGCUUUCGGAGAAAUAAAUUGGUCUGAAAUCGGGGCUGCUGGCUUUUGUGUUGAUAAGUGUGUAAAAGCCAUCAAGGGCAUCAGGGACCUUCGUGCCUACCAGGUGGCCAAAGCCAAGUUCAUGGCUAUGGUCAAGAAUUUUGUGGUCACAAGACACAUCCCUUUCUGGAGGGCUAGAGGGGUGCAGAGAGCCUUUGAGGGCACAACGCUGGCCAUGACCAAUGGUGCCCGGGUGAUGGGUGCUGCUGGGGCUGGCUUCUUACUUCUGAAAGACAUGAGCAGCUUCCUGCAGAGCUGGAAGCACCUGGAGGAUGGGGCAAGGACGGAGACAGCAGAGGAACUGAGGACACUUGCUAAGAAGCUGAAGCAGGACCUGGACUGGCUCACUGAGCGCCACCGGCACCUGCUACAGAAGGCAAGCCGGACCUGUUCCAGCUGCUGGGGAAGGGCUGUUCGAGGAUCCCGUGUGGUUAAACCAGAAGGGUCUCGCUCACCUCUCCCCUGGCUUGUCGUGGAGCACCAGCCUAGUCUGGUCCCUGGUGGGGCACUGAGAACACCAAAGAGGACAGUCUCUGCCCCAAGGACACUUGGCCACCGGCCAGCCCCACCAGCACCAGGCCCCGGGAAGACACAGUGAGAAGAGAUGGUCCAUUCGUUCAUUCAUGAAGUUAAUGCACAAAUCUCAAUUGGGCACACCUCUGUGCCAGGCAUCAUGCCAGGCCUAGCAGUGAAUAAGACAGACAAGGGCUAGGUGUGCAAAGUGAAGAAUGACGUCGCCCAGCCCUGUAAUUUCUGGGAGCUCAAGUGAACCCACUGUGGGAUCCCUAAGAGGCUGCAGAAGUGAGUAAACUAUUUCCUUUUUUUUUUCUUUUUUACCCUAGUCAGUCACCCUGUCACCAUUGAACCUUCAUUUAACAGAGGCAAAAUGCAAGUCUUUGAUGAAGAAUAAGGGGGUAGGGAAGCUUCUAGUGGCAAUGAUAAAACCAGCAGCAAUGAUAAUAGAAGACAAACCUGCAACAGUUUGUGGUCACCCUUGGGGACUCCAGAAAUACCUGGGGUGGAAGACACAUUUGCAAGAGACCAGGUUUUUUGUGGGUACAGAUGGAGUUGGAGGCCGAGAAGACCUACAUGUUCAUGUUAAUUAAAACUGGAGCUGGAACACAUUCCAAACUCAUGUAUUUUCCAAAUUGUAUGUAACUACAUAGUACCUUCAUAAUGAAAAUGAAAACAAUUUUAAACUA